GUCGGGUUUAUUUCUAAAGAAAGUCUUAUUGGGUUUCUCUUCCGGUUUAUUGGGUUUCUGAAGAAAGUUUAGGGUUUAUAAGUCCAAUUUCUGAAUAUUCUGUUGUUUUCAGUUUGUCUGAUAUCUGAAAUCCCCGACGACAUGGCCAAAAAUAGAAACAAGAAGAAGCGAAGCGGCGUUUCUUCAAUGGACGUCAACGAAGGACCUGUUCCUGAUCUUCCUCAAGCAAUGGACACUUCAGAGACUGGAGGUCAAAAGCCUGAUUCUGCUACUGCAAAAUUACGAAGAAGGGACGACCGAUGAAGAGAUCGAAAAAUGUUCGGAAGAUGAAGGCCGUGGAAAAAGCUAUCGCUAAGAAUGAGAAGUACGCCGAGAAAAGCUCCAAGACCGAAAGCAAGAAAUCAAGAACUCAAUCAGCUAAACUUCUAUAUGACUGAAUGUGUUUAAAGAAUUUUAUUUGCCAAAUGAACUUGAAUUUGCUGUCAUUUAUAAUUUAGCUGCGCUUAGGUUCAUGUAUAAUAGUUACAAAUUUUGCAAUUACAACUGCUUGCACUGUCAUUCAUAGCUUAAAAGUAUUUGUUGAGGAUUGGGGUAUUCCAUUGCAAUAGAAGAAUGUUUUGAAACACAUAGUUUUAUCUGAGUUUGAGUUCGAUUUUUGAUUUUGUUGGUUGAAUUACUCUCAUUAGUUCUACAUAAACUUUACGUGGUUUUUAAAUUUCACAAACAGGAUUAUAAUGUCAUAUACAAUUUGUCAUGUCGUAUUUUCAUAGUGUAUAUGUCAUAUUUUCGUAACGUAUUUGCUUUGUAUAGAAAAGUUCAAAAAUUAGGUGCUGUGGAAAUAGGUGGCUGAAAAGGGGCUGAAGCAUCUUUUGCAUGUAACCGUCGAGGCCAACACCUGUUUGACGUAGGAAGAGGAAUCCGUGUCUCUUAAAAAGCUCCAAAACCACCAAAGCUUCGUGACGGCAGUUUCGCCUUGCUCUGCCACCCCUGUGGUUCUGCUUUUGUCGAAGGAAGGUUCUGUGAGACUUUUCAUCCUGAAGCCUCUGGUUGGAGAGAAUGUGAUUCUUGUAACAAGGGAAUUCAUUGCGGAUGUAUCAUGGCUGCUCAUUCAUAUGCAAUAUUGGACUUUGGUGGUGUGAAAUGUCUGGAGUGUUGCUUGAAUGAAGCUCUCGCGCUGCACAGAAACUCACCAACCUUCUCGAACCCCGAGGAGAUGCAGGCAUCGGACUCUCAUCCAAAGGCAUCGGAUGACACAGAGGAAACCGUGACUGGGGUUGAUCCAAUUGCAUCACCUGAUUCUGUUGCACUCAAUGCCUCACCUGAUAAGAUAGGCACUCCUACUCCCGGAGCAGUUCCUGCAGCAGAAACUGAAGGAGAGUCCUCCGUGAAUUCACCUGCUGGAACCAAAAAGUCCCGUAAGAAGAAGGGUCGCAAGAAUCGGAAGGAUGCCUCUAAACAACAUCAAAUCCAAGCGAGGUACUCGCCAAAGACCAGCCCAGAGGAGCUUAGGGAAAUAUGCAGACAGGCCAAAUCAAGUCUUAUCCCUUUGUUUGAGAAAAAAUUGACUGCUAGUGAUGUGGACACCAGGAAUGGGCGCCUUGUGUUACCAAAGAGAUGUGCAGAGGCUUAUUUCCCAAAGAUUUCGGGGCAACAAGGAAUCUUCCUUACUGUGCAAGAUACAAAAGGAAAUGACUGGGAAGUUUUCUACCGUUAUUGGUCAAAUACUAAUGGAAAGAUGUAUGUCCUUGAAGGCCUUAAGGAUUACAUGAUCAUGAUGGAAUGGGAAGCAGGUGAUACAGUUACAUUUUAUAAGAGAGAGGAAGAUGAAAAGCUGUUCAUGGGAUUCAAAAAAUAUCAGGCUCCCGAAUCUGCUCAGAAGAGCUCAACUUGAUGUCUGAAAGCGACUUUACCUUCAAAGGCCAGUAGUCUGAAUCUGGUGCUUUUCAUCGAAGGUGUUGGAAGUUCCUUUUUAUACAUGCUGUCAUCGGUCAGCGAACUAGGUAGGUUCAAGGACAUAUGAAAGAUACCUCGCUUCGUAAUAUGGACAAAAAGAGGGAGUAUCCUUGGCAUGUCAAACACUCGUACGUUUUUCCACUUUGAUGACAUAACAAGAAAAGCUGUUCGACUGGUUGACAAUUGUUGGGUUAGAUUUCAAUUCUGAUUCCUACCCCACACUGCAUUCUAUCUAUAUAGCCUGAAAAACUGAGGGGGAUGCAGUAGCUACCAAAGUAAACAUGUAAUGCAGUAGGUACCUUGCUCAAUCCGUUCUGGAUUUCCGUAUCCUAACUGGGAAUGUUUUGGAAUUCAGAUUGUUAUUAUCUUUCCUUCAAAGAGAAUUUUGUACAACACAGUCCAACAGCAAUGAAGUGAGUGCUGCUGGCUCCGUGCAAUUAUCUAUAACAGCACAAAUCAUGAGGAAGUGAAUAAUGUAUCUGCAUAUAUACAUAUAUAUAUUCUCUGUGUCGUGUUAGUCUCUUGCUGUAUAUCCUCUCGAAUCAGAAGGAUCCUUGGUUUGAACUGUAAACGAACUCAGUUUUCUGAGAAGAGUAGAAUUUGGAAAAAAGAAAAACAGCUUAUGAUGAGAACUUUAUAAGCUCUUUUUUUGUGGAUGA